AUGGAAACUAAUAAAUUGGUGGCAAAUCAAUAUGGGUCGAAUAGCUAUCGAGACUCUUACGAUCCUACGUAUAAUGUUGGUGCCUACGGUGGAUUUAAACAAGAUGAUGGUAAGGUUAUUGGUAUUCCUGCAGGAUCAACUAUCACUAAUGGUCCUGGAUUUGGAGUGAACUAUUCGCCUGCUUAUGGUCCUUACAACUGGCCGGUAGAGAACACACCUAUUAUUGAGCAUCAUAAACUGACAUCGCACCAACCAACACCGAUUACAAAUAGUCCUACACUAGAAAGCAUGACUCCAGACACACGCCAGAGCCAGAUUCCGCAAAAUAAAAUAGUGAUACCGAUACCAAAUGAUUUUUUAAUCGAUUGGCGUAAAAUGUUUAUAAUAGCACUCGGUAAAUUGGUGCUGGUCAAGCUAAAAGCGUUUUCUGUCAUAAAAAUAUUAUUAUUUCUAAUGUUUAAACUCAAAUUUAUCAUGGUAAUAAUAUCUGCGUUCAAGUUUAUAUUACUUUUUAAAUUUAUAAAAUUCUUCAAGGUGUUAUUACCAUUAUUCCUUUUACCACUGUUUCUUAUUAUGCUGCUCUCUCCCUUAUUUUUUAUUUCGAUAUAUUCUAUUCCGGAACGCAUAGUCCAAUUGUUAAGGAUGCCAAUGGGCGCACCGGCAACUCCAGCGGCCAUGCCUGCGCCUGUACCAGCACCAAGUAAUCCAGCACCAAUUAAUCCAGCACCAAGUAACCCAGCGCCAAGUAACCCAGCGCCAAGUAAUCCAGCUCCAAGUAAUCCAGCGCCAAGUAAUCCAGCUCCUUCAAUAAGUGAGUCAGAACUCUUAACGCCACGUCGACAAUAA